UCUCGCGGGCGGUAUAAACAAAAGCGAGCUUACCGGCAAAACUGAAACAUCGAAAUGGAAAGUGAAAAGAGCGAAACUUGGGAGAAUAAAAGAUUGGAGGAAUUACGAGAGGGUGAUUUCAUAGUGACUCCUGGAGGUGACAUAUCGAAGCAGGAGGUACCGCACUGGUACGAUGCGAAGCAAUUCAACAGAGCUAAAAAAGUGUAUAAAGAUUAUUUUGCAAGUGUGAAUUUUAGCCACCUGUGCGGCCUACUGCUCUCUUUCUACUUCUCAAAAAAUAUAAAGACCCUACUUUCCACUGGAGAAUCUUCGAGCAAAACUGCCCUUCUGCAUCGAUACUUAAUGACGAUUCGACACAUUCAAAAGUGGUAUGAAGGCGACGUGUGGGAUGUUAAUGAUCCAGCACAUCGAUCUUUGGCUACAGUCAGAUCCAUGCAUGCAAGAGUGGCAAAAAGAAUGGCUGCCAGGAAUGAUGGCAUAGUAUACGUUUCCCAGUGGGACAUGGCAGUAACACAAUGGGCCUUUGUUGGACCCAUGGUCCUCUUCAAAUCCCGCGUCGGACUUCAUGGAUGUAGCGAUGAGGAUUACAAAGCCUUGAUCCAUUUCUGGAGGGUCAUUGGCUAUUUACUGGGCAUCGAAGACAAAUACAAUCUAUGUGAUGGGAACUAUGAACAAACUGUAAGCGCCUGCCAGAACUUACUGGAAAAAGAGUAUAAAGUAAGAAUGAGUAAUCCUGAUCCAUCUUCUGUGAAUAUGGCGAAGAACGUUGUUGCUGCCAUGAGUCUGAUUCAAGACUUUCUUACUUGGGAAUCUAUGGCAAAUUAUAUUCACGACUUAGUAGACUUACCUUGUCCUGAAUCCAUGUGUCUAGUUGAUUAUAUAUGUCAUUAUUUUAUGCGAUUUAUGAUGCUUUAUGUCAUUCAGUACGACACAGCUCGAUCUUUAUUCAAUGGGUUCACCCGAUGGAAGUUAGAUAUGGCUGAAAAGAAAGACACGGAGCUACAAAAAUCAAAGAAACAUCUUUUAUCCACGAAUGUCUCUGCAGGCUGAGGCAAACUGAACUGAAACAUUGAAUGAACUGAAAAAUCUUUGUCGAAGUUUAGAUUUUGCUGGUGUGUUAUAUAUAUUAGCCUCAGUAGCCGAAAUCAUAAAUAAUUGUAGAAUCUGUAAUAUUUUAGAUCUUGGAAAAGGACUUCACAGAUAUUAAGAGUAUUGCUUCGGUAUUUCUGUAUAAUGAGACAUUGAAGUGGUCGAUGGCUUCAUCCAUCUUCCAACGAAUGCCAAACUGGCAAGUGCUCAGCUAUGGUCGGAAGUGGAUUUCGGUAUCAGUGUGAUGAACAAUCAGAUUGUUUCUACAUUAUUUUGAAAUUAUUUUCUCUAUUCUGUGAUAAGGCAAAUGAUAUGAUUUUGCUAGACAUUUUUGAUAGACGUCCAUUUAUUUAUAUGGUUGGUACCUGUAGAGUAUUGAUUCGACAACCUGAAAAAUGUCUGCAAUUAGUUAAAAUUAGUUUUAGAUGUCUGAGGGUAUUUCAACAGCUAUCCUAUUGUACAAAUUCUCAUCAAAAAUAUGGAAAAAGCUGACAAAAUUCAUGUUUCUCUUUUAAUUCAUGGACAAUUCGGAAUUAUAUAUUUUCAGAUUCAUUUUGCCUUAAAUGAAAAUAAGUGAAUAUUUAGAGAAAUUUAACAUUAACUAAGUUUAACAUUGAGUAAAGUGAUUUUUUUUUUUUUUUUUUUUUUUUUCAUUUUCGCAUGAAAAUUCAUUAAUUCAAUUAUUUUAGUGUACUUUUUCCAAUGUAAAACUUACUCGAUGUAAUAUGAAACUCCAGGUUAUAUGAAUCAAUAGAUUCUAAGCACCUAUAAUCCGUGCCAAAGUACUUGAAUGUACAUAUCUGCAGUCGCAUAGCUAGAGGGAGGCAAAGGGGACGAUUCGCCUUGGGCGGAGAAGAUUAUUUUUGGUGUGCAUUAAAAGGCGCGGCAAAUGGAUCGCCGCAGGCACCAAAAGCCACUGCACCUCAAAGUUAAAAGCCAUGGGAAAAAGUUUCCUCUGAAUCAGUUCCAGGAUAUCACUGGUUUUUUUUUUUUUUUUUUUAAAUAAUUCAGUGCAGACUUUUGUUACAUUGUAACGAAUCAAAAAUGCACGUUCAUUCCAUUUUUCGGAAUUCAGAGAUUCAAUCAACCGUGCCAUUAUUAUUAAUGUGCUUUGCCAUAAUUAAAUAAUUAGAACAUCAUACUCAUUUAUACGCAUUUAGUGGUUAAAUUUGACUUCCUUAUAUUUAAUCCUUCAGCUACUAAGUUUCAUCUUGAGAAAGCUACAAAGGAACUGCAUGAAAGUUUUGUAUCUUAGAAUGACAGCUUCUUUAAAUGGUGCUAGCAAUUACUUGCCGUAACGCAUGGUCGAAGACGGAAUUAUUUUUUGUAACUUCCCUGUAAAUAAUAUUCGUUCUUAGAAAUUCGAUUUUUUAACACCUAAAGAAAGUGGCAUUGUUUUCAAGACUUGUAUAAAACCGUUUGCUACUAAAUGUAAAGGCCAUGGUAAGAAGGCUAUCUGUCAUUGUAUUGUAUUUGCCAUCCAAGUUACAGCGAAACAAAGCUUACUAUGCUAUAAAAUUAACCUUUUAAGAAAUAUGUAUUUUUAACAAAAUUUUGUCAUUUUUUAUAGCAAUUAUAUUAUGAAUAGGGCCGCGCUUUUCAUAUACCACAGCCUUCAUGCAACGAUAUUGUUGUUUUCAAAUAGAAUGUUGCCAUUUUGUGAAACAUAAUUGUUUAAUAAAUAUUUAUAUCACUAGCAUAACUAAAAAGAGACGUUUUGAACUCGUAUGUUAUGUACCUCCGAUAUAGAAUUUCUUUCUAGUUCUAUCUGCAUUAAAAGAAACGUCUUACAGAAGAAUUCGUUAGCUUUAUUGGAUUGCAAACAUCCGUAUGUCUUUAUUUUUAAUUUUAAUAAAAAAAUUUUUAUUUAUUUAUUUAUAUAUAUAUAUAUAUAUAUAUAUAUAUAUAUAUAUAUAUUUUCGUGUGUGUGUGUGUGUGCUUAGAAAACAGAAACGAAAAAAAUGGAUGUAAUUUUCUGCUGUAUCAAAUCUUAAAUUCUUGAAAUUCGAAAUAUUUACGAUUCCUAUACAAUUUACAUACCAUAUAUACGAGCGAAUAUCCUUAAAUUUAAGUUAAAGAUGAUAGGAAAAAAAAAAUAUUUUGUUUUCAUUUUUAACGAAGCUGUAAGCAAAAUACCUUUCUUAAGAAAGUACUUUUCAGUUCAUUAGAAAUUUUAUUCUUAUUAUUUGACGGAUGAUAUAAUGUACUGGUAUAUUUAAAAUUGUCAUCUAAUAAUACUGAAACGUGUUUUAUAUACUAUUUCUGUAUUUAUUGUUCAUAUUUUUUCUAGUUUAUACUUAAAACGUAGACUAUAAGUUUGCAUAUUACAGUAUUGCUAUUGCAUAUGUUAGUACUAUUUAUUGCAUAUUAAUAGUAUUAUUCAGUGUUACUUGGACCCGAAACAUGAUGUGUGCAAGUUACCAUUUAAAAGUUAUUCAUAUGAGUAUUUUAAUAAAAAAUGUGUUAGUAGAAA